AUGUGGGAUAUGAAUAAUUGUGUUUAGUAAGGUUUCAAUCUGAGGAAUGUGAGACAAAUAAUGCUAGAAACUGAUGAAGAAUUAAUCUCAAGAGAUGAAUAUUUAUAGAGAGUAUCGAUUGAAUAUCUUGAUUCUCAAGUUUAGUAAAUUGAAGAAUAUUAAAUGCCAUUAGAGGUGCUUAUGAAUUCAUUGCUUCUUUGA